AUGCCCUUUACCUUCUCGCCGGCUUCUUUCUCUUUUCUAAAAAGUUCAACGACCUCACAGAGAGUUCGCUCUUUGGAGGGUUCUAACCCACUUAAAAGUAAUCGUCGUAGUAGUAAUGCUAGUAAUCUCACCUCAAAGAAUUUUCUUAGAAAACCUUCUUGGUAUAAAUCAAUAUUCGCUCGUAUACAUAACUCGAUGUUACGAUGGAAUGAUGAUGACGACAAUAGAACCAUUGUCACUGAUAAGACUUGCGGGACCGCUUUUAAUUCAAUAAUGCAUCAUGAUUUUUACGAUUUGCCUUUAUUAAACCAAUCUCAAAAUCCCAAUCCAUUACUGUCUUCAUCUAUUCCUUCAUUAACAUCAUCUGCCAACAUCUCUGAUGAGAGUGAAGACUCAAAAAGACUUUCUACCUCUUCAGUUUUUGAAAAAUACGCUCAAACUCCCCGUCAUUUCACAAAAGAAACUGAAGUAUUAGGUAAAGUUGGUAGAUUUACUAUAGUGAGAGAACGUGAAGAUUUUGACACCACUUACUUUGAUCAAUGUCAUUGUCAACAAAAACCUUGUCGUUUAUCUUUAAAUGGUGGUACUCAUCCUAUAUUAGAACCCGAAUUAUUAGGCCAAUUCCCCUUCCCAUAUCAUCAUGUCUCUUCUCACCCAAUAUCCAUACCGAUGCGACAUAACUCAUUGAAAGGUGUUGGCGUUAAUAAUGGUGGUGUUUCUUUACGUUCGUCAACUUAUUCUCAACAUUUAACGCAACAAGAUGCGCAACAAUUCGCAACGAUCGCUUAUCAACAGAUGCAAAUGCAAAUGAACUCGAAUAAUCGUAAUUCCUGCCCUUCAAUCUCAUCAUCAAAGUCUUCUCGUUCUUUUUAUUGUCAACAUACACCAACUUCCACAUCAUCAAGGCGUUCCUUACCUUCAUUGCAAAAACAAAAUGGUGUCAUUAAUGUUAAUAACAAUACUAAUAGUGCUUGGCCAAUGCCUAUGCCUAUUAUCGUUUCAAAAGUUGCAUCUGCCGCCGCCGCCUCUCCUUCCGUUUCUUGUCGUGGUGUUUUACCUCAAUCGGCCUCCUCCCCUAAUCUGGUACAUUUACACCAACGUUCAAAAGGUGAAAAUAUGUGCUACAAUAAAUCAACAAGAAUAAACAGUCGUAAUAUUAACAUUAUUAUUGGUGGUAAACAUUCGAAUCCUCAAAGUCAUCAUGGAUCUUACUAUUAUCCACAUUGUCCUUCUUCUGUGAAUAGUAAUACACCAUCAUUAAUGUUAAAAACAAAAAAAUCUUCGUUGAUAAAUAUGAAAGCGACCCAAGAGCAACAACGUAGAUCAUCAAUUCCUCCACCAUUAUCUCCAACAACUUCAACACCUACAACUCCAUCAAAGCUCUCUUUUUCGCAUCAUCAGACUUCAAACGAACCGCAUACUACAAUAAACUCUCAUAGUGGAAGAAAAUUUGAGGUUGAAUGGACAACAAAAACAAGUUCGUCUACAAGUUCUACAUCUUCCACAUCAUCGGAAACCGCCUCAUCUCCUUCUUCUACCAUAAGUAGUUUAUUUAGUAUGGCUUCAAGUCCUAGUACGAGUGUGAAUUCUACUACUAGUACUUUAAGUAGACAAUGUAGUACUUUAAGCAGUAAAUGUGGUAGAAAAUUUGAAGUCACCGUUCUCUCUUCUAAUCCAUCUAGUAAUGGUCUUAUAAACACCUCUCCACAUAGUACUACCAAGUGUUAA